CUUCCGGGUGUGCGCUGGGGGGGGGUGGGGGGUGGGUGAGAAAUAAAAGAGGUGAGUUCGCCUGGAGUGGCCUCCGCCGCAGCCGGACGGCCCCCGCCCCUCUCCCCUGUGCGAUCAGCGGCGCUGGGGCGGCGGAGAGACCGAGGAGCCGGGCGCUGGCCAUGGCCUUGGCGUGACAGAUCCUCCCGGGCGGCCGGGCGGGUGCGGACGGCAGGGCCGGACGACGCCCGCAGAAGCCGCGGCCCAGAGACCCGCCCGGAGGCAGUGACUGGAGCGGAGCCCCACAGGCCGGGCCGGCUCAGCGGCGCGAGCAGGAAGCGGGGUCUCUGGGCCCCUUUGUGUGCAGGGCGGGGGAGGAGUGCCAGGCAGCCCCGGGCUGCGGGCUCCUCCGACGCGCGCAGGGGCCCCGAUUCCGCGGCCCCAACCCCGGCCCUCCGGGGGGCGCGUCGCAUCUCCCCGCCCUCGCCGGGCUUCUCCGGGCUCGCUCUCCUCCCCACGCCCCUUGCCGGGGCUUCGGUUCCUAUAGGAAGGGCAUUACCAUCCCUUCCCCACCCACUCGACACUUCGCUCUUUCCCCUCCCCCUCCUUUAACUUCCUCUUCUUCCCCCGUCUGGCCCUCUGCUUCUCCGCACUCUCCUCUCCAGUUCGCCGAUUUCCGCCCACCUUCCGCCUCCCCGAGCGCGCUGCAGCGAGCGGGGCGUUAUUUUCCCUCCCUCUAGUAGGAGUUGGUGAAGGUGAGACUCAUGAGGGAAUACAAGGUAGUGGUGUUAGGGAGCGGAGGGGUUGGCAAAUCUGCCCUUACUGUGCAGUUUGUCACUGGGACUUUCAUUGAGAAAUAUGACCCCACCAUUGAAGAUUUCUACCGCAAAGAGAUCGAAGUGGACUCUUCCCCCUCCGUGCUGGAAAUUUUGGACACCGCAGGAACUGAGCAGUUUGCCUCCAUGAGAGAUCUCUACAUCAAAAACGGCCAAGGUUUCAUCCUGGUUUAUAGUCUGGUUAAUCAACAGUCUUUUCAGGAUAUCAAGCCAAUGAGAGAUCAGAUUGUCAGAGUGAAGAGAUAUGAAAAAGUCCCACUAAUCCUAGUAGGAAAUAAAGUGGAUCUGGAACCAGAAAGAGAGGUUAUGUCUUCAGAAGGCAGAGCUCUGGCUCAAGAAUGGGGCUGUCCUUUCAUGGAGACGUCAGCAAAAAGUAAAUCAAUGGUGGAUGAACUUUUUGCUGAGAUCGUCAGGCAAAUGAACUAUUCAUCCCUGCCGGAGAAGCAAGACCAGUGUUGUACAACUUGCGUUGUCCAGUAAAAAAGAACCUCAAUCAUGGCCAUACCGAGCAGAUAAAACUCAGAGGAAAUUUGCACAGAUGCUGCUUUGGAGAACUUUACAACCUGGGUUGCAGAACUGAGCCUUGGUAAACCUGUCUCUAUUACAGCAUGUUGCCAUACAUCUUAUUAAGUGCAUAAGGUCUUUGGCCUUCAAGAUCCAUCGACCUUAAACAGGAAUGCUUAGCACGUUUACCAUAUGUUUAAAAUCUGUUCUUUAUCAGUCAGUCUUUUGUAGCUUUCUAAGUUCUUUUUGACGGCUAAUAUGCAAGAAUUAGUUUUUAAUAUUUUGAUUGCUUUCUUUAAUCAGUUUCUCAACUUGUAUUUAUUAAAUACUCAAACUCAGUAUUACCUACUCAAUGCCUUUUAAGAGAAAGUUAUAAUGGAGAAAAAAAUUGAGCCUUAAACAAAUGGUUACUUCUGUAUAUUACCUCGCACCAGUGCUUCAUUCUAUUUGUAAAAUCUUUCUUCUUUAAAUGGUUGGUUAAUAGUUUCAGACUUCGUUUACGUGUGGCAGUGUUGUAAAAAGAAACUAAAGAUCACAAUUUACCUUUAUGGUUGGAAUAUCCCUUUUCUUCAAGUGCAGUUUGUGAUGUGUUUUUGUAAUUAACUGCUCUGAAAGUUAAAAUUGAUAUUUGAAAUUGACUGUAGAGCAUUUAGCGCAGGAGUUGAACAUUUGAUUCCAUUAGGUUUUCACAUGUGUUAAUCUCAUUUACAGCAUAGAAUUGCAGCAGUAACAUUUUCCUUUCUGUGAAGUUCUAAAUUUAGUUAUGACCUACUUAGCAAUGCCUUUGAAAAGGGAUAUUGUAUCCAUGGUAAAUUAAUUGUAUACCUAAACAGAGAUAGCUCAGCUUUGCCUGGCAGGCUUGUAAUUGACAUCUAGUAGACUUCUGCACAUGUAAAAUUGAAUUCAAUAAAAUCAUAUAUACUUUCUAGCUCUUAAUAUUUGUCUUUCUGAGUAAUAGUUUAAAGCAAUAUUUGUUAAAGUUUUCUUGCACUAUCAAAUUGCUUUUUAGUUAUUUCUCAAGAAGCAUGUUCGUAGUAGAGACAAAAAUCUGUGUUAACAGGAGAGAGGAUAGCGCCGAGUCUCUGGGCUUUUUUUUUUUCCAAAUGUGCUUCUAAUAGCCAUUGCCUUCCGUGUUGUUUACCUAAUCAGCACAUUUUGUCUGAAUACUUGAACAUUUUAACAGUAACACAGGUAUAAAAACAGAAAGGAAACUUAUAAAGAGUAAUCUUCUGGUUCAGUUUUAACAACAUGACAACUAGCGCUUUUUCUAGCAGUGACUUUAAAAUUUUGUAAGUUUGACAGUAUUUUGUUAGGUUUGUAUUUGGUUUUAGUUGUGUGCUUUUAAUUUGCAGAAGUUAGUAACUGCAGCUCACCUACUGCACCAAAGUUCUCAAUUUUAGGAGCCCAGCUUUAGUCAUUUGAACAUGCUUCUAAAUAAAACAAAACAACCAAAACUAUACUUUUGAUCUAUAAUAAUAGCUCAAUAACUUUGUCAAGGAAAGCUCUAAUAUAUGCAGUGAUGGUUUAUGGAAGGGUGUGGCAAUUUUAAAUUUAUAUUGUGUGUGAUGUUCAAAUAAAGUGAUAUCUACAUUCAUGUGAUUUAUUGGUCAGCAUGACCAUUAAUUAUUGUGUAGAAAUUGAUUAAACUUUGAUUUCCUUUUUUUAAA